AUGGUCUCUUAUGUCGUCCAAACUCUUCUCUUCUUGAUUUGGAGAACUUUGAUAUUUCGUCGUCCUGUUGACUCUUCCCAUGUUCGCACAAUGAUCGUCCCACCUAGGACAAUCUUGUUGUAUCUUCACUUCUGCUCGAUCGUUCUUGAUCCUGUCUUGAUCCAAGUCUUCGUUGUGAUCUCUGUAUUAGAUCCUACGUCUUUUUCGUCCAAUCCCAGAAUCUCACCUGAGCUAUGCAUGCAUCGAAUCAUCUUGGAGGAUGAGUCUAGUUCUUCCAUUGAACACCAGAGGAGGCUAAACCCAAACCUAAAGGAAGUUGUGAAGAAGGAGAUAAUGAAGCUGUUGAAAACUGGAGUGAUCUAUCCAAUAUCAUAUAGUGCAUGGGUCAGCCCUGUACACGUCCUGCCAAAGAAAUGA